AGAGAGUAUCAGUUAAGGGGUGACAGAUGUCUCUUCUUCUAUCUUCUCAUCACUUCAUCACUUGUUUCAUUCUUGUUGAUGAGGACCAGUGAGCUUCACACAUGAAAGAUGCAUUGUAGCUGCAGUUCAAAUAUUGGACCUCUCAUUUCACCAUACUGGAGUCAAACAUUGUUGUUUCCUGAUUGGGCAUAUAAACCAGCCUGGUCUCCUGGUUCUCGGCAAGUCCAGCUGUGGCAUUUUCUGCUGGAGUUGUUAGGACGGGGUGAGGGUGGAGUUAUUACAUGGGGGGGUGAAUGGGGAGAAUUUGUAAUCCAAGACCCAGAGCGACUGGCCAGGCUAUGGGGAGAGAGGAAGGGAAAGCUGCAUAUGAACUAUGACAAACUGAGCAGAGCACUGAGAUAUUAUUACAAUAAGCGGAUUCUCCAUAAGACCAAAGGAAAGCGAUUCACAUACAAGUUUAACUUCAGUAAACUGAUCUUGGUAAACUAUCCCAAUCUGCCUAGUUGCCAACAGGUCUUUCAUUCUGGAAACUCUCUCCCAUUCUCUUGUUUUUCUUCUGAGGGAUCUCUUUAUACCCAACCCAUGAACAGAGCUCACUCAUCAGUCUAUCACCCUCUGGUGCUCCCCUACUGCUUACCAAAGUCUACUGCUUACCCCGUUUCACAUGCAAAUCCAAACCAGGGACAGUUUCCUUUACUUUCUGCCUUACCCUCUUCAGCAGCAAACCUGUCAGAGAUCUUACGCCUGCCGUCAUUCAAUUCAUCCCUGCACCUUGGCCAAAGUUUACCCAGUUGGCCGACAAAGAGUAAUGCAGAGUGGUGUUUAAACAGAGCUACAGCACCAAGCCAGAUGGGUAACACGGACGUACAAGAAAAAAGAUGUAAAUAAAGAAAGAGGCAGAUGGAGUGAUUAUUUAAAGCCCAAAUCAGGAAGGAAGCCCAAACAGGAAGUUUAACAGAAGUUUUUUUAAGCAAUAGUAAACAUCUCACUAAACCAUAUGGUACGAUGUCUAAGCUAUUCUUUUAAAAAUGAUUAAUUUAGUUACAUUUUGGUAAAAGUAUACCUACUGUCCAAUGGUCAGUCUUACAGUACCAUGGUGCUGUUUCUACCAGUUUUGAUUGAGUGUAUGCUAUUAUUUUUAAUACUGUAGCUCAAGAGCAAUGUAUUUUUGUGUGUUAAUAGAAUCUACAUUUAGCACCAUAGGACGGAUGCAUUUGUAAUACAAAUAUAAAAAAAAACCUCUUACAAGCUAAAAUAAAAUAUUAUGCAAAAGUUAUUUUGAAAGAACUCAAAAUCCAGUCAUUGUCUGGUUUCACAUAAUAAAAUUUAUGCUUUAUGGAUGCAGAACUGAGCUGAGCACAUUACAGUCUACGAGCAUAGAUAGAUUGAUGGCCAGUAAUAAUGCAAGAAAUUCACUAGCCCACAGUAAGGACAAAAAUUUGUUUUAAGUUAAAGUGCUUUUUAUCUGUUAUCUGAGUUAUUAGAAAACUUUUAGGAAAAUGCUUAAAGCACUAUUGGCGUGUACACGUUUAGAGUAGACCCAAAAAGAGAUGUUGUGGACUACUAACUCAUUGUCUAUACUGUACCACUUAAUCCUGGGGGGAUUGGGAGGGAGGGCUGGAGCCUAUCCCAGGAGACUUAGGGCACAAGACAGGCUACAUCCUGGACAGGGCGUCAAUCCAUCGCAGGGCACACACAGUCCGGGCAAUUUGGGAAAACCGGUUUACCUAACCUACAUGUCUUUGGACUGUGGGAGGAAACCAGAGUACCCGGAGGAAACCCAUCAAGCACGGGGAGAACAUGCAAACUCCAUGCUAGGAUUGGUAGUGUAAGACCUUGUAAAAUGGACCAGCACUGCUUGACUGGUCCCAUUAUCUCUCAGGGAUCAAGAAAGACAUGCAUCUAGACUAUUUUAUGUUCUGGCACCUUCAUGGUGUGGUAUAUUAUACUUUAAAUAUACUUCAUGGUAUAUUAAUUAUAAAAUUGACUAUAUUCAUUACUCUGCCGUACUAUAAAGAGUGGAGAGCAGCUGCCUACCAUAAACCCACACGUUCAAAACCAGUCAUAGGCACUUUCAGCAAGAAAACACAUCGAAUACUGUUAUGUCAUAUUAGACAACACAUUGUCUCUUUAAUAAUUUCUUCAUUAUUAAAUUGGAAUGAUUAAUAAAAAUCAUUACAAAC